AUGAACAGCGACGAAGAAGAAAGUAUUCAGAAUUCUGGAGAGACUAAAGAUAUGUCCUGGAUGUUGCGUAGUCUUUCUGCCAGAUUCUCGAGGAAUCGACAACCACAACAGAAGAGUCAGACACAGGAUGCAAGUUUUGACACGAAGAAAUUCGUACAGUGUAAAGUACUUCUUCUGGAUGGAGCUCAUUUAAAUAUUGUUGUUCCGAGAAAUGCAAUCGGAAGUGAGCUUUACGAAGAAGUAUUCUACUCUCUUGAUCUCGAAGAAAGAGAUUAUUUUGGACUUCAAUACACAGAUCAAUUCAAUGUCCAACAUUGGCUAGAUCCAUGCAAAAAAGUAGCAAAACAAGUGGCAAUCGGACCUCCAUUCACCCUCAGAUUCCGAGUGAAAUUCUUCACUUCUGAACCGUCAAGUAAUCUGAAAGAAGAGUUGACAAGAUAUCAAUUCUUCCUUCAAAUAAAACAUGAUAUUGCUUCUGGACGUCUUCAAUGCCCGCACCCAUUGGGAAUUGAAUUGGCGGCGUUUGCAUUACAAUCAGAACUAGGCGACUACAAUCCAGAAGUUCACACAGCUCUCUUCAUCUCAGAAUUCCGAUUUCAUCCGGAGCAAGAUGAAAAAAUGGAAAUUGAGAUAUUGGAUAAAUACAAGGCGUGUCGAGGCCAAACUCCUGCACAAGCGGAGUUGAACUAUUUAAACAAAGCACGAUGGAUUGAAAUGUACGGUGUCGAUAUGCAUAUAGUUGAGGGAAAAGAUGGGAAUACAUAUCGAUUAGGAUUGACUCCACAAGGAAUGCUCGUGUUUGAUGGACCACAGAAAAUUGGAUUAUUUUUAUGGGAAAAAUUACAAAAAUUGGAUUUCAAAAAUAAGAAAAUUACACUUGUUGUGGAAGAAGAUGCUGAUCAAUCAAACAACGGACAAAUCCAACUUCACACAUUUGUAUUCCAUUUGACGUCUGAAAAAGCAGCAAAACAUUUCUGGAAAUGUGCAAUCGAGCAACACGCAUUUUUCCGUUUGAAAUCUCGUCCAGUCCAACCGAAUCGUAAAAUGCAGUUCUUCCGAUUGGGAAGUACAUUUAAAUAUAGAGGAAGAACAGAAUAUGAAACAAUUCAUAAAGAAGGAGCAAGAUUAUCAAGAAGACAAUCAUGCUCGUUUGAAAGAAGACCUUCUCAAAGAUAUGGACCAAGGCAGAGUCAUGUGACAAAUGCACAGUUGAGAGAUGCUAAGAGGGCUGAAAUCAGGCAGCAGAUUCUGGAACAACAACGAGUGAACGAACAGCAGCGAGCACAUGCUCAAUCAGAUCCACUUCCACCACUUCCACCUAUUUCAAACCUCCCAGUUCCUUCAUCUCCAAAUCUCAAAAAACCAUUAAAUAACAACAAUAAUCCAUUUAUCGGUGACACAUCAAUCCCAUCUUCUUCCACUUCUUCAUCUCCGUCUCACGUCACAAAAAUAACAGUUGGAACGAUCGGAGGAGGAGUUGAAUCCACGUCACCAUCCACAUCUUCAUAUAUUCCACGUCCUGUUGUAUCUGGAUCUUCCUCAUUCUCUCAUCCUCCACCACUUCCAGCCCAUCAGUCAUCUUCUAAAAUUCCACGUAUGAGUAGUGCAUCAGAGGCACGGAAAAACUCACAACCGCCACAGCCAGCAGUAAGAAUGCAGCAUAAUUUUGAGGAUUCUCGAAAAUUCUCUCAAAAUGGAUGUGCUCCGCCGUCACGAAUCGUUCCACCAAUGCAACAUCAGCGGAGGAUUGUCACUGAUUUUUGA